CCCAGUGCGCCCGAGCGCCUGCCUCGCGGCGGCGGCAGCAAUGCACGGAGCCGCUCGCGCUCCGGCCACCAGCGUGAGUGCCGAUUGCUGCAUCCCGGCCGGCCUGCGCCUCGGGCCGGUGCCUGGAACCUUCAAGCUGGGCAAGUACCUGUCAGACCGCAGGGAACCCGGGCCCAAGAAAAAGGUGCGCAUGGUGAGAGGGGAGCUGGUGGACGAGUCGGGGGGCUCCCCCCUGGAGUGGAUAGGGUUAAUCCGGGCAGCCAGGAACCCCCAGGAACAGACUCUCGAAGCUAUUGCAGACUUACCCGGAGGACAGAUCUUCUACCGAGCGCUGCGAGACGUCCAGCCAGGGGAGGAGCUGACCGUGUGGUAUUCCAACUCCUUGGCGCAGUGGUUUGACAUCCCCACGACUGCAACUCCGACGCAUGACGAGAAAGGGGAGGAGCGCUACAUUUGCUGGUACUGCUGGAGGACGUUUAGAUACCCCAACAGCCUUAAGGCGCACCUACGUUUCCACUGUGUGCUCAGCAGCGGCGGGGGCCGCGCCUACCUGCACCACGAGCACACGGCUCGCCAAGGCGCUGCCCCGGCCGCGGAUGGCCUUCGCCUCUCCCCGAAACCCCCAGCGCCAGACUUCGCUGCGGCCGCCCCGACGGGCACUCUUCGGGCCCACCCGCAGGUCCCGCCGGCCCUCCAGGCUUGCGGAGCGCGGGAGAGCAUCAAGCGCGAGGCCUCCUCCGCGCCCUCAGCCACCUCGCCACCCCUGGCCAAGUGGGGGCCGUCCAAGAAGGGCAAGGAGCAGCCGGAGCGCAUCCUGGACAUGAGUGGUGCCGCCCGGGGACACGGCCACUUCCUCGGCAUCGUGGGAGGUUCCCCAGCGGGGGGCGGCGGCUUGGCUUUCUAUCCUGGCGUGCGUUCGGCUUUCAAGCCCGCUGGCUUGGCCAGGGCAGCCGCGGCCGCGCACUGCGAGCCCUACCGGGAGGAGGGCGGCGGCAAACCUGGGGCCAGCCUGGCCUUAAGCAGGCUGCUGGGCGGGGGCCGGGUGGGCGGACGCCCGGGAAGCGGGGAGAACCCGGCGGCGGGCGAAGCGGGCCACCACCAUCACCCCCACGCGCACCAUCACCACCACCACCACCCCAAAUGCCUGCUCGCGGGGGACCCGCCGCCUCCUCCUGGCCUGCCCUGCUCCGGGGCUCUGCGCGGCUUCCCUUUGCUCCCUGGGCCCCCAGAAGAAGCGUCCGCCUUCAAGCACGUGGAGCGCGCCCCUCCCGCAGCCGCCGAGCUGCCGGGAGCGCGUUACGCGCAGUUGCCCCCGGCGGCCGGGCUGCCCCUUGAGCGCUGCGUGCUGCCCGCCCUCGACGCAGGCGGCCUCAAAGGCUACCCAGGUGGCGAGUGCAGCCACCUGCCCGCCGUCGUGCCGGCCUUUACCGUCUACAACGGGGAGCUACUCUACGGCUCACCGGCCGCUGCCACUUAUCACCCGCUCAAACUGCACUUCGGCGGGCUGCUCAAGUAUCCGGAGUCCCUCUCUUAUUUCAGUGGACCCGCGGCGGCGGCGGCGGCGGCGGCGGCGGCGGCGGCGGCGGCGGCGGCGGCGACCGCUCUGAGCCCGGCCGAGCUGGGCUCCCUGGCUACCAUCGACCGAGAAAUCGCCAUGCACACGCAGCAACUGUCGGAAAUGGCGACCGGGAAAGGCCGCGGCCGCCUGGACGCGGGAACGUUGCCCGCGGCCGUCGUGGCGGCGGGUGGCGCUGGGGGUUGCGGCAGCGGGGGCGGCGGCGCGGGCAAGCCCAAGACGGGCCACCUGUGCCUCUACUGCGGCAAGCUGUAUUCGCGCAAGUACGGGCUCAAGAUCCACAUGCGGACGCACACGGGCUACAAGCCGCUCAAGUGCAAAGUGUGCCUGCGGCCCUUCGGCGACCCCAGCAAUCUCAACAAGCAUAUCCGGCUGCACGCCGAGGGCAACACGCCCUACCGCUGCGAGUUCUGCGGCAAGGUGCUUGUACGCCGCCGGGAUCUGGAGCGCCACGUCAAGUCCCGCCACCCCGGCCAGAACCUGCUGGCCAAGGCGGCCGACGGCCCGGGCGCGGAGCCUGACUACCCCCCGGAGCCGGGGGAGCCCAAGAGCGACAACGACAGCGACGUGGACGUCUGCUUCACCGACGACCAGAGCGACCCUGAGGCCGGGGGCGGUGGCGAGCGCGACUCGUAACGAGUCUUCCUGGGAAGCAGGGAGUGUGGGGCCGUGGACAGAGAGAAGAGGGGCUUCUGUUCUGGGAGAAGAAGAACUGCUGGUGGUGAGAAGGGCCCAGCGGACAAAACCGGUUUUGUUUUGGUUGGGCGCCGCAUUUGGAACGGUGAGAAAUCGCUGGUCCGAUGCUGAAAC